AGUUUCUGUCAAGCCUGUUGGAGUGGUUUCGCUGCACUUAAAGGGACAUCCACACGGAGAGGAGCAGAAUCUCAAACGGCAACUGUUCAAACUGAAAGGAAACAUCCUGCAAGUGAUCCCUCCGGAGAUCAAAGCUGGCUUCAUGUAUCCCGAUCCCCGACAGCUCAUCCCUGGAAGGUGUGGAGUAGAUGCUAUCUAUCGCCAGUGCAUUGCACAGAUCUGGAUUACAAAUUGCAUUGCUGGAUUACCGAAAGCAUUAUACUAAGGCUGUAGAAGAUCUAAGUACCUGCACUGGCAUCCACUGCCUGGGAGUUGAAAAAGUGCCAGGCUCCUGAUAUCUUAGAUUGGAAGGAUCAUAUAUCACAGAUCUGAAGGACCUUAUAUUCAUAGAUCGGUGGGACCAUUUAUUCAUUGACCUGAAGGAUCAUAUAUUCAUAGAUACAAAGGAUCAUUUAUUUAUAGAUCUGAAUAUUUAGAGACUAGAAGGACCAUAUAUUCAUAGAUCUAAAGGAUCACAUAUUCAACGACUUGAAUAUUCAUUGAACUUAAGGAUCAUAUAUUCAUCGACCUGAAGAACAAUAGAUCUGAAGGACCAUAUUCAUAGAUCAGAAGGAUCAUUUCAUAGACCUGAAGGACCUUUUCAUAGAUCUGAAGGACCAUAUAUUAUUAAAUCUGAAAGACCAUAUAUUCACGGAUCUGAAGGAUAAUAUAUUCAUAGACCUGAAGGACCAUAUAUUCAGAGAUCUGAAGGAUCAUAUAUUCAUAAAUCUAAAGGACAAUAUAUUCACGGAUCUGAAGGACCACAUAUUCAUAGAUCACAUAGAUCAGAAGGACAAUAUAUUCACGGAUCUGAAGGACCAUAUAUUCAUAGAUCACAUAGAUCAGAAGGACAAUAUAUUCAUAGACCUGAAGGACCAUAUAUUCUUAGAUCCGAAGGUUCAUAUUCGUAGACCUGAAUGAUAGUUUAAUCAUAAACUUGAAUAUUUAUAGACUCGCAGGACAAAAUAUUCAUAGAUCUGAAGGUUUAUAUAUUCAUAAAUCUGAAGGACCAUAUAUUCACAGACCUGAAGGAUCAUAUAUUUAUAGAUUGGAAGGAUCAUUUAUUGACCUAAAGUACCAAAUAUUCAUAGGUCCGAAGGUUCAUAUAUUCAUAGACCUGAAGGACAAUUUCUUCAUAAACCUAAAUAUUCAAAGACUUGAAGGACUAUAUAUUCAUAAAUUUAAAGGAUCACAUAUUCAAAGACUUGACUAUUAAUUGACCUUAAGGUUCAUAAAGUCAUAGACCUGAAGGGCAAUAUAUUCAUAGAUCUGAAGGAUCAUAUAUUUAUAAAUCUGAAGGGCUGUAAAAAUCUGAAGAAGCAAAAUGCGGACCCCUGCAGCAAUGAUUGUUGGCAUGGUGCUGGCCCCUUGUGGGUUAGUGCUUACCCUCACCGCCACAGUAGCACCCAAUUGGAUCACACUGAGCAACCUGCCCUCUGAAGCCGUCGAUGUCCAGUACACCCAGGGCAUUUGGGACAUCUGCCAAGUAUCUACCCUAAAUCAGAACAUACAGUGUGGACAGGCCAACAAUAACUAUUUCAGUUUACAAGUGAUGCAAGUUGCCCGGGGAAUGAUGAUCGCCUCCCUAAUUGUCACCGGGCUUGGCAUUGCAUUGGCAUCCUGGGGUGUGCGCUGCUGGGAGGACGUACCAAAUUUCCUGAUAUCAGCUUUUGGUGGCCUUGUCAUUUUCAUCUCAGGAUUGCUCUCUCUGAUUCCUAUCUCGUGGUACAACAAUCUAAUGUAUAACUGGCCGGGCACUGAUAUAGUAAGUAAAGCGCCAACAAUUUCUGUAGGCUACGGCUUGGUGGUGGGGUACAUAGGCAGCUGCAUGGAAAUAAUAGCAGGAUUCUCACUUAUGCUCUGCUUUGUGCCACCUUGCCAGGAGUGCAUCAAAAACAAGGGAAAACCCACAGCUUCCAUGUACUAUAGCAAGAAACAGGCGCCUAACAAAAAUGGGGACCCCGGCCAGGUCUACAGCAUCAAGAGCAGAUACACCCAGGAUGACCGCAACCCUGACCAAGUUGGCUACAGCAUACAGAAUGACAAUUACCGGCAUUAUCCUGGAAGUAGAAAUGCUAAUUCUGCCAUUUCCAGCCCUAAAUCCUACACCAACCCUAUGGAUGUGACAGCUGGAGAGUACCAUAGAAAUUACAGCAGACCAGGGAGCCAGCUGAGUUCUCUACCUUGUGACUCAGAUCUGCUGUAGACCAUUGGAAUUCCACCUGCUCAGGGGUACCCCUGUACACUUGCACUAUGGAUUUAUAAGCACAGUUGCCAUAAUCCUGGAACAGGAUAAUUAAUGAAGGAAUAUAUCGCUCUGAAUGUGCACUGUUUUUUACUUAUUUUUUUCACAAGAGUGCAUUUUUUUUUUUAAAAGACUCCAUGUAUGAAGGUUUGCAGCGAUUUGAUUUAUAUGUAAUAAUUUGGAAAUCAACCAAAAUACAAUUAGAAAAUCUAAAUAAAUACAAUAUAUUCAUGCAUA